AUGGCUGGGUCUCGCCAAGAUCCCCUCGAAUUGGGGAGUGAUAUGGACGAAGACGAGGCGUUGAGCUAUGCAAUCGCCCUUUCACUUCAGGAACAAGAGGUCCAAGACGAGCAGAGUUCGCAGAUCCCGAGCGCCUCAACCUCAACAUCUCGCCGGAACGGGGAUGGUUCGGGCGGGGCUGGCCUCGGUUUGUUGUCGUUCGAUCGCAAGAAGAUGGAAGAGGAAAGGCUGCAGAGGUUAGCCAAGCGGCGCCGCUCCCCUACUGAGGACGAAGAUGUUGUAGAGGUUCCUCCGCCAAAGAGAAUGACACCAUGUUCUGAACCACCCCGGACUGUAGCUGGAUAUCUGGCGCCAAUCCUGCUGCAAUAUCCCAAAGGUGCUAUCAAAAGAACAUGGGCGAAAGGAUAUCCUCGGACGUCAGAAGACAUAAAGAUCGAGGAGAUCUUUCAGAAGGACAAACUAGAGCUUGCUCUACUGAGCUCGUACCAGUGGGAUGAUGAAUGGCUCGUAUCCAAACUGGAUUUGAGAAGGACCAAGUUACUCCUCCUGGCAUUUGCCGACAGUGAGGCCCAGAAAUCAGAGAUGCAAUCCAAUGCGCCACCGGGCAUCAAGUUCGUCUUUCCGGCAAUGAACGGGCCUGGGGCGAUGCAUUCCAAGCUGCAGCUGCUAAAGUACCCCGACUAUCUUCGAGUUGUGGUCCCAACAGCCAAUCUAGUCCCUUAUGACUGGGGUGAGACUGGCGUCAUGGAGAACAUGGUCUUCCUGAUCGACCUUCCUCGACUAAAGAACUCCCCGACUCAUCGGCCAACCGCCUUCAGUACCGAGCUCGGCCGAUUCCUGUCAGCAACUGGCGUUGGCGAGUACAUGGUGAGCAGCCUCACAAACUACGACUUCUCGCAAACGAAGCACCUUGGCUUCGUGUAUACCAUCCCGGGUGGACAUCAAGGAGAAUCGCUGAAGCGAAUAGGAUACAGCGGGCUGGGCACCAGUGUGGCUUCCCUCGGACUAGCCACCGACGACCCAAUCGAGGUCGACUUCGUUGUGGGUGAACCAUUACUCCAGUGCGCCUCUCUCGGAUCUCUCAACUACGACCUGGUAGGCGCAAUUUACAACGCAUGUCAAGGAGACGAUGGUCUGGCCGAGUACAAGUCGAGAAUGGGUCGGACAGGCAAAAACAAGGCGUCGAAUCCAUGGCAAGACAAGCUAAAGGAUCGUUUCCGAAUAUAUUUUCCGACCGACGAGACAGUUGGCAGGAGUCGAGGUGGGCGCAAUGCUGCGGGCACCAUCUGUGUCCAGCCCAAGUGGUGGCGCUCGCCAACCUUCCCCACCGAGCUUGUGCGGGACUGUGUUAACACCAGAGAUGGGCUUUUGAUGCACAGCAAGAUGAUCUUGGUAUCCCAGACGGAAGCGGGAAGUCAAAGUCAAUUGCAGACGCGACCGCAAACGCGAUCGGAUCCGCGGGGACGCGAACAGGUGCCGGCUCGCACCCCCGCGGAGCCGAAAGCGGCAAGUAUGUCUCUUGGCUGGGUUUACAUUGGCAGCGCAAAUCUGUCAGAGAGCGCAUGGGGCCGAAUUGUCAAGGACCGAGCAACAGGACAGCCCAAGAUGAGUUGUCGCAAUUGGGAGAGCGGCGUCGUAGUGCGAGUUGGCAGCCGCAAAAGCAGUAGCACUGUCUCCAGCAGCUUCAGUGAGGGCGCCAGCGCCAGUAUUAAGGUCAAGGCGGCGGCAGAGACUCAGGCACGGCCAUCAGCGCAGGCGGGGAAGACAUUGAGGGAGCCGGACAAGGGAUGUGAUACGAGUCAACAAGAUCAUCACGUCAAGAAGCAGGAACAGAAACAGCAACAGAAUGAUAAUGUCGCGAACACAGACGUUGACAUGGAAAUGGUAUUCGAGGGCACAGUCCCAAUACCAAUGCGACAGCCAGGACGACGCUACCGCGAGGGUGAAGAGCCAUGGUUUUACAGUAUGCAGGGCUGA